AUGCCCGCUACCGACUUCGCCUCAUUUGUUCAACACAUACAAUCAUCCCGUCGAAUCUGUGCUCUCUUAGGUGCUGGCCUCGGGGCUUCAAGUGGCCUUCCCACAUUUCGUGGUGCUGGCGGCUUUUGGCGAACCUACGAUGCCACCGUCCUUGCGACUCCUGGGGCAUUUCGCACCGAUCCAGCUCUAGUAUGGCAGUUCUACUCCUACAGACGCCAUAUGGCCCUGAAUGCAAAGCCUAAUCGUGCCCAUCUCGCUUUGGCUGAGUUGGCUCGCCGCAACCCUGAUUUCAUCACCCUCAGCCAAAAUGUUGACGGCCUGAGUCCUCGUGCUGGCCAUCCACCAGACCAGUUGAAACUUCUCCAUGGCAAUCUGUUCGAUGUCAGAUGCUGGGACGAAGAUGGUUGCGGGUACAGGGUGAAGAACGACUUCACCGAUCCUAUUGUGCCUGCUCUGGCCCUUCCCCCGGAUGAUCACGACCUUGCUGCAGAUUCCCCACUCAAGGCCACCAUGAAGGCGAAGCAUGCUCUAGUUAAAGGUGCUGACAUCUCAGAUAUCAAUGUGCCCAUUCCCACCAUCAAACCCGAAGAUCUGCCACAAUGCCCUUCCUGCAAAAAGAAUCUCCUCCGUCCAGCGGUUGUAUGGUUUGGGGAGACCCUCCCGGAAGACGUGUUGCACGGUGUCAAUGCAUUUUUCAGCUGCCAGGAGAAAAUCGAUCUGAUGUUAGUCAUCGGUACCAGCUCCAAGGUCUACCCUGCCGCGGGAUAUACAUCAAUGGCCAGAAACAUGGGUGCAAGAGUAGCAGUCAUUAACGUGGACCCAGCUGAUGCCACCGCACUCACCGACAGAGACUGGUUCUUCCAAGGAGACGCCGCGGCUAUCGUCCCCGAGAUCUUGAAGCCUGUCAUUGGUGAGAUCGCUGAAUUUGACGAGAUCAAGAUUGCAUCAGUAUAA